GCGAGGCGCCGCGCGGAACCGCGGCCCCGGGGGCGCACCCGGCGGGGGGGACCGGCGCGCCCGCCGCCGCGGGCCGCGAGGGGCGGCGGGGCGGCGGGGGUGUGGCGCGGCGCGCGGCCGCCGGCGGGGUGGCGGGCGGGGAGGGGGGGGAGGCGGGAGCCCCCCGCCCCGACCCGGCGCCCGCGCGCCGCCGCCGACGGCCGGCGGGCGCACACACGCACCGCACGCGCCCCGGCCCCGCGCGCGCGGCGGGGGCGCGCCGGCGCCCGCCGGGCUCCCCGGGGGCGGCCGCGACGCCCGCCGCAGCUGGGGCGAUCCACGGGAAGGGCCCGGCUCGCGUCCAGAGUCGCCGCCGCCGCCGGCCCCCCGGGUGCCCGGGCCCCCGCGGGGGGACCGCCCCCGCCACCGGGGCCCCGGCCGCUCCCGGCCCCGGCCCCCCCGGUCCCGCCGCCCCCCCACCCGCCCCCCGCGGAGGGGGGAGGCGGGGGGGCGGGAGGAGAGCGGGGGGCGGGGUGGGAGGGAGCCGCGCGGGGUGGGGCGGAGGAGGGCCCGCGGGGGCGGCCCCGGGCGUGGGG